CUUGAAAAAAGUAGCAUAGAGCCAUUGAAUGCUCCCACGCGGUUUUGAGAGGCACAAAGAGAGCCAUUGCUCCAAACCUAAGCUGACUUUGCCCUUCUUUCUUCCCUAUAACAGUUAAUGCUUUUGCUGUCAACUUUUGACUAUUUGCCUUCACUCUCUUUCUUCAGUCAGCGACCCUUCACACACUCUUCUUCCCUUCCUUUUUCACUAUUUAUACAGCCUUCAUUUUGACCCUUCCCUUGGCUCAUUGCAAUUGCAAGCAAGGAAAAAACCAAGAGAUCUUAUAUAUAUACCUAUAGCCAUAGCUAUAUAUCAUAAAACUAUAUACAUAGAACAAGCCAAGAUGGGAAGGCCACCUUGUUGUGAUAAAGGUGUGAAGAAAGGGCCUUGGACUCCUGAAGAAGAUAUCAUUUUGGUGUCUUACAUACAGGACCAUGGUCCUGGAAAUUGGAAAGCUGUUCCCACCAAUACUGGGUUGUCAAGGUGCAGCAAGAGUUGUAGACUUAGAUGGACUAAUUAUCUGAGGCCAGGGAUCAAAAGGGGUAACUUCACUGAACAGGAGGAGAAGAUUAUAAUCCAUCUUCAAGCACUUUUAGGGAACAGAUGGGCUGCUAUAGCUGCAUACCUACCACAAAGAACAGAUAAUGACAUCAAAAACUACUGGAACACAUAUCUGAAGAAAAAGCUGAACAAAUUGGAAGCAAGUGGUUCUGAAGGAAGCAUGGGGCAUGUUGGGGUUUCAGUUUCUCAGUCAAUGUCCAGAGGGCAGUGGGAAAGAAGGCUUCAAACGGAUAUUCACAUGGCCAAGAAAGCUCUCAGUGAAGCUCUUUCACCGAAGAAAACAUGUUCUAGUUCUACCUUUUUGGCUGAGUUAAACUCAAACAUUUCCAAUGAUAACAGCACCACAAAACCAGCACAAUCCAUAAGCUAUGCCUCGAGUGCUGACAACAUAGCUCGUUUGUUGAAGGGGUGGAUGAAGAACACACCAAAGCGUGCUAAUACUCAAAACUCCUUCGUCAACAACUUGGCUGGUGCAGGAGCUGACACUGCUUCCAGUGAAGGAACAACAACAAAGGGAAGCACAAGCACAAAUAAUUCUUUGGAGUUGUCUGAGACUUUUGAGAGCUUGUUUGGUUAUGAGUCUUUGGAGUCUUCAAAUUCUGAGUUUUCGCCAUCUCUUUCUCCUGAGGGAACUCUCUUCCAAGAUGAGAGCAAGCCUGAUAUUACUGCCAUAGACAUGCCUUUCUCUUUGCUUGAGAAAUGGCUUCUGGAUGAUUCUGGUGUUCAAGAGAAACUUGGCUUCUAGAUUAGUUAUAUAGUUCAAUUUCUUGCUUUUUCUUAGUUAUAGGAGACUCACUUUGGCCUUCAACUUCAACCCCUUUUGGUCCUAGAAGUGUAUAUUCCAAUCCAAUAUUAACAUUAUUAUAUUAUCAUAUCCUACAUAGUUAAAUGUCUUGCUGUAAAACUUUGUUGUUCUUAAUCACAACUUCAAUGGUGUUAAAGAAAA